AUCUAGAUGUACAUUACAUCUGGACAUCUAGUAUGACCGAGUUACUUAAAAUUUUGGAGUCUUGAAAAUGGCGAUCAAAACAUGCACAGUUGACCUGUCAAAGUUAUUUUUACGUUUACGCAGUUGCUCUCUUCUUUUUAAUGGGCCAUCAACAACAGACAGACAUUUUCACAGUAAUACUUUAGGAAAAGCAUGUCACUUGCAGAAAUCCUGUUUGCAGAAUCUUCCAAGGCACCGCAAUUCACCAACAUACAGCUUUCCUUUGUGGAAUUCUCGACGCUUGAAAAGCACUGCACUUUCAGACAGUAUAGUCAGCUGGCCGUUGGGAGCAUGUGGUAUUGAAGAACUGGAAGAUUUUACACCUCUGACAGAUGAACAAUUGCAGCAAGGUAUAGGGGAACAAAUCAACAAAAGCCUUGAACUAGGUGAAGCAGGGAGAUUAUUUGCUGUAGUGUAUGUCAGAGGGCACCAGCAUAAAGUCACAACAGAAGAUGUUAUUAUUGUUAAACAUGAUUUCCCUCCUAAUGUUGGAGACAGAAUACGUUUGGAAAAAGUUCUUGUAGUAGGUGGUAAAGAUUUCAGCCUUAUAGGUCAACCAAUGUUGAGUCGUGAUGUUGUGAGGGUGGAUGCUACUGUAGUUGAAAAGACAUUAUCACAUAACAGAGUGUGGCUGGUUUACAGGAAAAGAAAAAACUUCCAGAGGUUUCGACUGUAUAGAGAGUCAUUUACCAUGUUGGUGAUUAACUCAAUUCAAGUAGCAAAACUCCCCAUUGAAUCGGUUGGUGCCAUUGAAGAAGAGCAGAAAGCGAGGAUAGAAUAAAUAAAGGCAAUUAAAAGAAUAAGACCAUUUC